GGCGGCGCGCGAAUACGACCUGCCGCCGUUUUCCGUGAGAUAACGGAUCCGUGAAUCCAAGAUGGCUGACCCCGAGCCGCCGUAUCGGUGAUACCCGCAUUCAUUGGCUCAUUGCAGUUUGCACCGGUAUUGUCUUUUCUCCCUGGACCGGCGGUCGAAACUAUUGUCGCUCUUGUCCAGAGUGUCCUUGUGGGUGGUUUUCCCUGUUCCCGCGUCAUGUGACCGCACACACACUAGUCACCCCCUAACAUAUGUCCGUGCAGUUGUCUUAUUCCUUCUUUUUCAUAUUGUCACAACGAAAUUGAAUUAACUGUUAAAACGGUGGACAUAAUUUCUUGACGAAAAAAAAACCCCUACCCCACGACCUAGAGGACGGUAGUUAGAUUCUUGGAUUCCCAUCAUCGUUUAACGGCGAAAUUUGUCUUGUCGGUAUUGCCGGUCAUCGAAAUAACGAUAUAACAUGUCUUCCGGAGAUACGAGAUUGAGUCGCAGACGAGGGCAAACUUCAAAUGGAGCUACAGGAUCUGAUUCUGGUCAACAACAGCAAAGUAAUGAGCAAGAGCUGGCCACCAAAAUGCUUCAAAUACAAUCAAAACGUUUUUACUUAGAUGUUAAACAAAAUAGAAGAGGAAAAUUUAUAAAAGUCGCUGAAAUUGGAGCUGAUGGUAGAAGAAGUCAAAUUUUUUUGGCUUUGUCCACUGCGGCUGAUUUCAGAGAUCAUCUUGGUACUUUCAGCGAGUUUUAUUCACAAUUAGGACCACCUAAUCCAGAUACUGUUCCUGAAGAUGGAAAAUUGAAGUCUGAAAUGAUGAUCAAGGACAACCGCCGUUAUUACUUAGAUCUAAAGGAGAACGCCCGUGGAAGAUUUCUUCGUGUCUCCCAGACAAUAACUCGUGGUGGCCCACGUUCUCAAGUUGCUAUCCCAGCGCAAGGCAUGAUUGAGUUUCGUGAUAAUCUGACAGAUCUGCUAGAUGAAUUUGGUACAGAUGAUGGUGGCUUCAAAGGUGACUUGCCUGAUGGUCGUCACAUGAGGGUUGAUAACAAAAAUUUUUAUUUUGAUGUUGGCCAAAAUAACCGUGGCAUUUACAUGCGCAUAUCGGAGGUAACAACUACGGUUAAAGGAAACUUUAGAACAGCAAUUACUGUGCCAGAAAAAUCAUGGUCUCGCUUCCGCGAUUAUUUCAGGGACUACUGCGAGAAGAUGGCUGAGUGCAACGAAAAAAGUACUACAGCAACUUCAGUGCCAGCUGAAAGUGUCAGUCCACAAUAAACCUCCAUGUAUAAAAAGUUAUAAAAAAGAUAUAUAAUUACAUUUUUUUUCACACAUACUCAUUCAAACAAAUGAAAUUUGAAAAAUGUUUUAAAUUAAUUUAGCUGGUCUAAUGAAUAGUAUAAAAUGACAAGGUGGUGGGGAUGAUAUUCAAUUCGUCCUAUAGGAAUGUGAAUUUACUAAGGCAUCUGAUUUAUGUUCUAAUUGCACAUGAGUUUACCAACUGACUGUGCAAUGUUAAAAUAUUUUCAAGCUUGUUGUUUAAGUGUUAUUCUAUCUCAUAAUUUCUCCAUUAGUGCAAUAUUUGUUGAACAUUUUUUUUUUAAAUUCUAGUAACUACCAAAAUGAUGUUUUUGUUUUAUAUUUUAUUAUGAAAAUUGUUGUUUAAAUUUUAUCCGAAAAGUUGACAUUUAUUUUGUUAAAUAUUUUUGUUUUAGCUUAUUAAUCAUUCCAAAAUUGAUUCAGUUAUAUGUAUUUGUUUUUAUUUGACAUUUUAUAACAAUUAAUGAUUACAUUAUCAAUACUUUCGAGUUAACAGUAUAAAAUUUUAUCAAAUAACAAUUAUACCUGUUACAUAUUA